AUGAAGAGCUCUAAGAGACUACAUAAGGAGUAUAUGAAUAUUCAGAAAAGCCCCCCUCCCUAUAUCACAGCCAAACCCAAUGAUGAGAAUAUUCUAGAAUGGCAUUAUAUCAUUAGUGGACCUAAAAACACUAUAUUUGAAGAUGGACAAUACCAUGGUAUAUUGCGAUUCCCCACCGAGUAUCCGUUUAAGCCGCCAUCGAUCUCGAUGAUUACCCCCAAUGGGAGGUUUGCUGUGAAUACAAGACUUUGUCUUUCGAUGCUGGAUUAUCAUCCAAACACAUGGAAUCCAGCAUGGAGUGUAGCUACCAUAUUAACUGGCUUGCUUAGUUUUAUGACUGGUAACGAACAGACUACGGGGUCAAUUUCGACUUCGGACAAUGUUAAGCGGAAGCUAGCUCGCGAUAGCUUGAAAUGGAAUAUAAAGGAGAAUCCUAGGUUUGUUAAACAGUUUCCUGAUUUGGUUAAGUCUAAUAAAGAGGAAAUUGCGAGACGAGAAGAAGAAGAAGAAGAAGAGAGGAAAAAAAAGCAGAUAAAUGAUGCUGAGAGUGGCGAGGAUGGUGUUCGUAGUAGUAGUGGCAAUGGAAGUGGAGGUGGCAUUGGAGGGUAUGUGGAAUUAUCCCAAUUAAACAAAUUAGAUCCCGAAGAAAGAGCAAGGAUAUUGAUUGAGCAUGAAAGGAAGCUAGCUAUGUUAAAAACAAGAAAUAGUCUGCUGAAUAACAAUGGGGUUUUCAGGUAUCUAUUGUCUGGUGGUGGAAUCACUGCUCUAGUUGUUCUUGUUGUAGCGACAACGGUAGCGAUAUAUUUCAAUAUUUUUGAAAGUGCAGGACUCAGAUGA